AAAGUCCAUUUUCUGACGCAUGUGGCUCUUGAUGUGGACACAAAUCCCUGUUCUUGUUGCACAUGCGUUUCGCAGACGUGGAUGUGAGCCUUCUGCUAUUGAUCGUCCUCGCAACGGCGCAACAUUACUCGUUCGCACGGAACGCCAGCCGAGUACGCCGGUCCCUGUCUGCCGCCAUCGCUCCGUCCGCCUGGUCUUGGAAAGCGGAUGAAGCUAGGCAGCUCGCCCUACCGCUCCCAACUACUACGGGACGCCUUCCUGUGCUGACCACCAGUAACCACCUCGCAGCACAGCCGCGCGGCGCGGAGGAGAUGGGCUCCCCGUCCUACCGGCUCGCGGUGGCGAUCACGGUCCCCUCGACCGGCGAAUUCCUCGUCGCCCGGCAGCCGCGCCCGGCGUCCCCGCCCGAGGAGGACGAGGACUACCGGCGCUUCGUCGACAGCGACCUCUACGACCUCCCGGCCGCGCCUCUCGAGCCCCUCGCGGGGGAGCCCCGGUCGGAGGUUGCCGUCGCGGGCGCGGACUCCGCCACCGGCCUCGAUCUCUCACGCCUCGACGUAUCCGCCGCCCUCGAUCAGAUUUUUGACCGAUCUGGCUUGCCGGAUGGGAUGCGUGGGGAGUGGCGGCUCCUGAAGUACGUGGAGGAAGCAGAGUUUGGUCCAGAUGCUGGCGUUAACACGGUGUUCCUCAUCGGGUCGCUGGUGUCGAAAUUGGAUGGUCUACCAGAGUCGUGUAAAUGGAUGACCAAGGAGUGUGCAUUGGGGCUGCUUUCUGAAGCGAAGCCCGGUAGUGAUCGCAUAGGGCAGUAUGCAUAUAUUGGACUUAUGAAUUCCAGGCUGUCAUCAAACAGCACAGCAGUCCCUGCGUUGCCCUCCCAGGAGUACCCACCUGGAAUAACUCUUGUACCAAUGAAGAGUAAGACAUUACAGCCAUUCCGCACAACUAAUCUUGUGGUAGUACGAGCAACCAAUGGUGCUGGUGAAUCUACGUGCUCUGAUUUUUUUGCUUGUGGGGAUGCUCUACUUUUAGAUCCUGGAUGCAGCUCUCAGGUUCAUGCAGAGCUUGCAGAUCUCGUCGAUUCCCUUCCAAAAAAGUUAUUAGUCCUUGUCACACAUCAUCAUCAUGAUCACAUUGAGGGUCUUUACGUCGUUCAGAGAUGCAAUCCUGAUUCUGUUCUUCUGGCACAUCAAAACACAAUGAACCGCAUUGGGAAAGGAAAUUGGCAGAUUGACUACACUUCGGUAACUGGUGGUGAAAAGAUAUGCAUAGGUGACCAAGAACUACAAGUUAUUUAUGCUCCUGGUCACACUGAUGGUCAUAUGGGGCUUCUCCAUGUUAAUACCAAUACAUUAAUUGUUGGAGAUCAUUGCGUAGGGCAUGGAAGUGCAACAUUGGACAGUAGAAGUGGUGGCAACAUGAAGGAUUACUUUGAAACCACAUACAAAUUCUUAGACCUAUCACCACAUGUCAUAAUUCCAAUGCAUGGAAGGAUCAACCUAUGGCCCAAGCAUAUGCUCUGUGGAUACCUCAGGAAUCGAAGGUCUAGAGAAGCCUCCAUUCUGCAGUCCAUAGAGAGUGGUGCACAAACUCUGUUUGAAGUAGUUUCAAAGACUUACAGUGAUGUAGACAGGAAGUUGUGGAUUCCUGCUUCUUUCAAUGUUCGCCUUCAUGUUGAUCAUCUGAACUCCCAACAUAAACUGCCCAAGGACUUCUCAUUGGAGAAUUUUAAGGCGAGCUGUGGAGUGCAUUUCAUAUUCCGUUUGGCGGUGGCGUAUGUGCAAUCCAAGAGCUCCCCAGCUAUCCUUGCGGCAAGUGCCCUUGCUGGUGGUCUAGCAAUUGCUUGUGCUCUCAGAAGGAACGGUGGCAAGCAAUCAUAGAUUCUGUUGCUCUUACAGCUCACGAUCGCCUCCGCAACUAGUCAACUUCAGCGCUGGACCGAAGUGGCAUACUUGAAAAUGAGCAUCUUCAGGCUUGUGCCGUUUCGUUACCGCGAAUACGUUGACCUGGACGAAUAUAAAAAGGCUAAGAGCAGGCGCGACAAGCGAUGCCUGUUGUCACUCCCACGCAUGGCCGUGUCACUCUUGAGUUUCUUUGUUGCCACUCCAUGUUGUUUCUGCCUUUUUCCCUUUCUUUGAAAAAUGCAGAGUAAAAUCAGCAGCGAAAUUGAAUGAAAUUUAAACAUCA